GGUCAGCUUUUCAACAGUUACAUAUUUAACCAGGAGAGGGCAUCUUACAUCUAUUUUAUCCACCAAAAUAGCAUUUACAUGUGCAUUGUUUUUUUAAUAUGAUGUUUACAUGGAACAUUAAAAUACAUAACCUGACCAGCUGCAUGCAGGUGUGUCUUGGUUACAGAAAUCUGGAUAAGGUGUUUACAUGUGCAAAAUAUAACCAGGAUACUUCAAACAUCCGGUCUAACCAGGACAACAGUGUACAUAUAAAUCACUCUAUUUUAAUGGUAGACUUGUCCCUGUAUAUAAAUGUGUGCAAUGUAUGUUUUUCAAAAUGUCUCCUCUCUGCCAUCACCAGGUUCUGUCUCCUCACCGGUCAUUGCAGGGAUGAAACUAAACAGCAGCAGCAUGGUUCUACAGUGUGAGUCUAAAGGCUGGUAUCCAGAGCCUGAGGUGGUCUGGCUGGACGGUGAGGGAAACCUCCUCUCUGCUGGACCUACAGAGACAGUCAGAGGUCCUGAUGACCUCUAUACUGUCAGCAGCAGAGUGACUGUGGAGAAGAGACACAGCAACAGCUUCACCUGUAGAGUCCAACAGAAGAACAUCAACCAGACCAGAGAGAUAGAGAUCCAGGUUUCAGCUGAUUACUUUGUGGAUACAUCUUCUUCUGCUGCUGCUCGUAUCGGCAUUAUAGUGGUUGCUGUUCUCGUUUUUAUUCUUGCAGCUGCCUUUGUUUUGUGGAAAUGGAGAAAAAACCAAACCAAAGGUCAACAUAGUAAGACUCACUGCCUGCAGACAUGUGUCCAUCGAGAUAUUGGGGAGUGAUGAGCAAAUACCUUAAACCCCCCACUCGAAACCUGCAGGUGGAUGCUGGGAAUAGUGGUGGGGUUUACAGAACAGACAACACUGAUGCAGGGCAGCAGCAACAUUGAUGGAGCAGAGGGAGAGCUGGGAAAUUUAGCAGCUUAAAUAGGCCGUCAAAUGGGAAGUGUGUGUUUAUGA